AUGGCGGAUAAUGGACCUGCUUCGAAUGCGGCGCAGCUGCCGCCCCCUCCCCAGCCGAACGCUGGAGCUCCAGGCUACGAGAAUGGUCAGAAUGGCCAGGCGAACCCGGCGCACAUGCCGCCGCCUCCUCUCCAUAUCCCACAGAACACCAACCCGAUCCCGACUGCUAUUACCUCGCCCAUGUCUGGCGUCGACAAGGUCAUGUCGCCCGGUAGCGCUGGAGGCUUCGGCCGCCGCGCCGCCCCCGAGCCUAACAAGCGUGCGCUGUACGUUGGAGGCCUGGACCAGCGCGUCACCGAGGACGUCCUGCGCCAGAUUUUCGAGACCACUGGCCACGUCCAGAAUGUCAAGAUCAUCCCGGAUAAGAAUGCUAAGGGCUACAACUAUGGGUUCGUCGAGUAUGAUGACCCCGGUGCGGCUGAGCGCGCCAUGCAGACCUUGAACGGCAGACGUGUGCACCAAUCUGAAAUCCGUGUCAACUGGGCAUACCAGUCCAACACCUCGAGCAAGGAGGACACCUCGAACCACUUCCACAUCUUUGUUGGCGAUCUCAGUAAUGAAGUGAACGAUGAGAUCCUCACCCAAGCCUUCUCCGCCUUUGGCUCCGUGUCGGAAGCCCGUGUUAUGUGGGACAUGAAGACCGGUCGGUCCCGCGGAUACGGCUUUGUUGCGUUCAGAGACCGCCCGGACGCCGAGAAGGCUCUGAGCUCCAUGGACGGAGAGUGGCUUGGCUCGCGGGCCAUCCGCUGCAACUGGGCAAACCAGAAGGGUCAGCCGUCCAUUGCGCAGCAACAGGCCAUGCAGGCUAUGGGCCUGACGCCUACGACGCCCUUCGGCCAUCACCAGUUCCCGGCUCACGGCGUUGCCAGCUACGAAGUUGUUCUUGCUCAGACGCCCUCAUGGCAGACGACCUGCUACGUUGGCAACUUGACCCCUUACACCACGCCAAACGACGUGGUUCCCCUUUUCCAAAACUUUGGUUAUGUUGUCGAAUCUCGUUUCCAAGCAGACCGCGGAUUUGCUUUCAUCAAGAUGGACAGCCACGAGAGCGCGGCCAUGGCUAUCUGCCAGAUGAACGGAUAUAAUGUUAAUGGGCGUCCACUGAAGUGCAGCUGGGGCAAGGACAAGACCCCGAACCCUCAAGGCGGCGCGGCCGGCUUUGAUCCUUCGCAACAGGCGUACAGCCCCCAGAGCGCCUCCGGACCGGGCUACCCCGGCACCCCGACGGCCUAUUUCCCGCAAUAUGGUGGCCAAUACGGUGGUCAGCCCGGCAACUACGGCGGCCCAGCUGCUCAAUCCCCUGCCGGUUAUGGAGCGCAGCCCAUGGGAUACGGCGGACCGCAGAGUGCAGGAGGCUAUGGUCGUGGUCAACAACCACCCAACGCCCAGUGGCCUCAGGGUCCCCAGGGACAGAACUUCAACAACGGCUUCGCUGGAUACCAGGGCUGA